AGAAAGAAAAAGUUAUACAGACAAAAGAGAAAGUGAAGGAGAAAGAGAAAGAGAGAGAAAGUGAUAAACAAAUAAAUAAAAAAACAUAAUUAAAAAAUGCGAUCAGAAGCAUCUGAGGAGAAGAUAAAGAGAAGGAGAGAGCAGUUGGAAUGGUUCGAAAUGCAAAGUCUUGAACUUGUCUCUGAAAACCCAAGCCCACCCUUGGGUUCUUCUUCACAAAACAAAGAAACCAUGGAAAUGGAAGGAGAGAAUAGUAAAAAUGCAGAGAAAGAUAAGGGUGUUUCAGUACGAUUUGGAGAGUUAUUUAGAUUCGCAGAUAGAUUAGACUAUGUGUUAAUGGGUAUUGGAACAAUCGGUGCCUUUGUUCAUGGUUGUUCGUUACCUAUUUUCCUCAGAUUCUUUGCUGAUCUUGUCAAUUCAUUUGGCUCCAAUGCUAACAACAUUGAUAAAAUGACUCAUGAAGUGUUAAGGUACGCAUUUUACUUUCUUAUAGUUGGAGCUGCAAUAUGGGCAUCUUCAUGGGCAGAGAUAUCAUGUUGGAUGUGGACAGGAGAGAGACAAUCAACAAAAAUGAGGAUCAAAUAUCUUGAAGCAGCACUGAGUCAAGAUAUUCAGUUCUUUGACACUGAAGUCAGAACUUCAGAUGUUGUAUAUGCGAUCAAUACUGAUGCUGUUAUGGUUCAAGACGCCAUUAGUGAAAAGCUAGGGAAUUUUAUACACUAUAUGGCGACAUUUGUAUCUGGAUUUGUGGUGGGAUUCACAGCAGUUUGGCAAUUGGCGCUUGUGACACUUGCAGUGGUGCCUUUGAUUGCAAUAAUUGGAGCUAUUCAUACAAUUACAUUAGCGAAACUGUCUUCUAAGAGUCAAGAAGCUCUUUCGGAAGCUGGAAAUAUUGCUGAGCAGACAAUCGCACAAAUUCGAACAGUUUUAGCAUAUGUUGGUGAAUCAAGAGCAUUACAAGCCUACUCUUCUGCAUUAAAGAUCUCACAAAAACUCGGAUACAAGACUGGAUUUUCAAAAGGAUUAGGAUUAGGAGCAACUUAUUUCACUGUCUUUUGUUGCUAUGCUCUUCUUCUAUGGUACGGAGGCUAUCUUGUUCGCCACCAGUACACCAAUGGAGGUCUCGCCAUUUCCACCAUGUUCUCCGUCAUGAUCGGUGGCCUAGCUUUAGGCCAAUCAGCUCCAAGUAUGUCUGCGUUUGCGAAAGCACGAGUAGCAGCGGGUAAAAUCUAUAGAAUUAUCGAUCAUAAACCGAGCGUCGACAAAAACUCUGAAUCGGGAUUGGAAUUGGAUUCCGUUUCCGGCAAAUUAGAGCUGAAAAACAUCGAAUUUUCAUACCCUUCAAGACCAGAUGUUAAAAUUCUAAACAAUUUCACUUUAACUGUUCCUGCCGGAAAAACAAUUGCAUUGGUCGGAAGCAGUGGUUCAGGGAAGAGCACGGUGGUUUCUCUAAUUGAAAGGUUCUACGAUCCCACCUCAGGACAAGUAAUGCUUGAUGGGCAUGACAUAAAAGGUCUGAAUUUGCGAUGGUUAAGGCAACAAAUUGGUCUAGUUAGCCAAGAACCUGCACUUUUUGCAACCACCAUUAAAGAAAAUAUCCUCUUGGGUCGACCCGAUGCAUACAUGGGUGAGAUUGAAGAAGCUGCACGUGUGUCAAAUGCUCAUUCGUUCAUUAUCAAAUUACCAGAUGCCUAUGAUACUCAGGUUGGGGAGAGAGGAUUACAAUUAUCGGGUGGACAAAAGCAGAGAAUAGCGAUAGCAAGAGCAAUGUUAAAGAAUCCAGCGAUCUUGCUUUUAGAUGAAGCUACAAGUGCAUUGGAUUCAGAAUCGGAAAAGUUAGUGCAAGAAGCCCUAGACAGGUUCAUGAUCGGAAGAACAACUCUGGUGAUCGCCCACCGUCUCUCCACCAUACGAAAGGCGGAUCUCGUGGUGGUUCUGCAACAGGGUAGAGUUUCAGAAAUCGGAACUCACGAUGAUCUGAUCAGCAAAGGCGAAAAUGGCGUCUACGCUAAGCUCAUAAAAAUGCAGGAAGUUGCACAUGAAACCGUCAUGAAUAACGCCAGAAAGAGCAGUGCGAGACCUUCAAGUGCGAGAAACUCAGUGAGUUCACCUAUAAUGACUCGGAAUUCGUCUUAUGGGAGAUCGCCGUUUUCCCGGAGGUUAUCUGAUUUCUCGACGUCGGAAUUUAGUUUAUCAGUCGAGGGAGGUUACCCUAACUACAAACUCGAGAAGCUUCCAUUUAAAGAGCAAGCAAGCUCGUUCUGGCGGCUGGUGAAGAUGAACUCGCCGGAGUGGAGCUACGCCUUGGUUGGGUCGGUGGGUUCCGUCGUUUGUGGGUCCCUCAGCGCAUUCUUUGCCUACGUUCUCAGUGCAGUGCUCAGUGUUUACUACAGCCAAGACCAUGAAUACAUGAUUAAACAAAUCGGAAAAUACUGUUAUUUAUUGAUCGGCGUGUCAUCGGCGGCUCUUAUUUUCAACACCUUGCAGCAUUCUUUCUGGGAUGUCGUCGGAGAAAAUUUAACAAAACGUGUUCGCGAGAAAAUGCUAGCGGCAGUUUUAAAAAAUGAAAUGGCAUGGUUCGAUCAGGAGGAGAAUGAAAGCUCGAGAGUCGCCGCUAGACUAGCUCUGGAUGCAAAUAAUGUCAGAUCAGCGAUUGGUGACCGGAUUUCUGUCAUCAUGCAGAACUCCGCCCUCAUGUUGGUGGCCUGCACCACCGGAUUUAUUCUCCAAUGGCGUCUUGCUCUUGUUCUUGUUGCUGUCUUCCCUGUCGUUGUUGCAGCAACUGUUUUGCAGAAAAUGUUCAUGCAAGGAUUUUCCGGCGACUUGGAAGGUGCACACGCGAAGGCCACCCAACUCGCCGGAGAGGCGGUGGCAAAUAUGAGAACAGUGGCGGCGUUCAACUCAGAGUCAAAAAUAGUCGACCUUUUUAAAACCAGUCUUGAUACCCCACUUCGUAGAUGCUUCUGGAAGGGACAAAUAGCCGGACAAGGAUUCGGGAUCGCGCAAUUCUUGCUAUACGGUUCAUACGCAAUCGGUCUUUGGUACGCUUCAUGGCUCGUAAAACACGGAAUCUCUGAUUUCUCAAAGACAAUUCGUGUGUUCAUGGUUCUCAUGGUGUCAGCCAAUGGUGCAGCCGAAACCCUAACCCUAGCUCCUGAUUUCAUCAAAGGCGGUCGAGCCAUGCAGUCUGUGUUCGAACUCCUCGAUAGAAAAACCGAGAUAGAACCAGAUGAUCAGGACUCAACCACAGUGUCCGACAAGAUCCGAGGCGAAAUCGAACUAAAACACAUCGAUUUCGCCUACCCUUCCCGCCCAGACACUUUGAUUUUCCGUGAUCUUUCUUUACGCGCUCGGGCCGGAAAGAGCCUCGCUCUGGUCGGCCCGAGUGGUUGCGGGAAGAGCUCAGUGAUCUCCCUGAUACAACGAUUCUACGACCCGUCCUCUGGACGGGUCGCAAUCGACGGAAAAGACAUCCGUAAAUAUAACUUAAAGUCACUGCGUCGUCAUAUCGCAGUGGUCCCGCAAGAGCCCUGCCUCUUUGCCACCACAAUAUACGAAAACAUCGCGUAUGGGCAUGAGGCGGCAACAGAGGCAGAGAUCAUCGAGGCGGCCACCCUGGCAAACGCCCACAAGUUCAUAUCCGCAUUACCUUCCGGAUACAAAACAUUUGUGGGCGAACGCGGGGUGCAGCUCUCAGGCGGGCAAAAGCAACGGGUGGCAAUCGCGAGGGCGUUUUUGAGAAAAGCGGAAAUUGUUUUACUAGACGAGGCUACGAGUGCGUUAGAUGUGGAGUCAGAGAAGUGUAUUCAAGAAGCGCUCGAGCGUGUGUGUUUGGGGAAAACAACGAUUGUUGUUGCGCAUAGGUUGUCGACUAUACGAAAUGUUCAUAGUAUUGCGGUUAUUGAUGAUGGAAAAGUGGUGGAACAAGGGUCGCAUUCGCAUUUGUUGAAGACUUAUGUGGAUGGAUGUUAUGCGAAGAUGAUUCAAUUGCAGAGAUUUUCGCAUGGGCAUGAGGUUGUAAACAUGGCAUCCAUUGGUUCGAGUUCAACCUAAUUACGAAACCAACAUGAGGUAUCUUGAGUGUUUUGUGUAAUUGUGUUCUAUUUUUUGUUUUUGUUUUUCUGGUUGUAACCUUAAUAUAUAAUGGUGAGUUUUAGUUGCAUAGUUUAUGUUGUUUACAGUAAAUUAUACCAAAGAACCAAUGUACUCG